AUGGCAGCUCCGGCGGCCCAGGUGUCCAGGCAGCGGGCGGCAGCCGACCGUCCUGGCUCCCACCAGAAAGUUGUGAAGUACUUGGGCCAGGACUUCGAGACGCUCAGGCAGCAGUGCUUGGAUUCAGGGGUGCUGUUUAAGGACCCUGAGUUCCCAGCAGGUCCGUCAGCCUUGGGCCACAAGGAUCUGGGACCACGUUCCCCCCAAACUCAAGGCGUCGUCUGGAAGCGGCCCCCGGAAUUGUGCCCCAGCCCCCAGUUCAUCGCCGGUGGCGCCACCCGCGUGGACAUCUGUCAAGGUGGUCUGGGCGACUGCUGGCUCCUGGCGGCCAUCGCGUCCCUCACCUUGAACGAAGAGCUGCUUCACCGGGUGGUGCCCAGGGACCAGAGCUUCCAGGAGAGCUACGCGGGCAUCUUCCGUUUUCAGGUCCUGUGCGUUGCUCGCCGUCCUUGGUGCUCCCUUCCAUCGUCCCGCCCAGAUCCACGGAAUCGGAAGCUCUGGGGUGGGCCCCGGGCCUGUUUUCAUGGCCCCCCAGGUGGCUCUGACACACCCUUGAGCUUGCGAUCCAUCCGGCUCCUCGGCUCCUAUGAGGCCCUCGCCGGCGGGUCCACGGUGGAGGGGUUUGAGGACUUCACGGGCGGCAUCUCGGAGUUUUUUGACCUGAAGAAGCCACCGACCGGCCUGUUCCAGAUCAUCCGGAAGGCCCUCCGCGCGGGGUCCCUGCUGGCCUGCUCCAUUGAUGUCUCCGCCGCGGCCGAAGUGGAAGACAUCACCUGCCAGCAGCUGGUGAAGAGCCACGCGUACUCGGUCACGGGGGUCGAGGAGGUGGAUUUCCGUGGACGCCCGGAGAAGCUGAUCAGACUCAGGAAUCCGUGGGGCGGUGAGUGGACGGGCGCCUGGAGUGACAAUGCCCCGGAGUGGAAUGACGUGGAUCCCAGGCAGAAGGAAGAGCUGGACACGAAGGCCGAGGAUGGAGAGUUCUGGAUGUCCUUUUCGGAGUUUCUGAGGCAGUUCUCCCGGCUGGAGAUCUGCAGAUGGUCCCCCGACUCCCUGAGCAGCGAGGAGGCGCACAAGUGGGACCUGGUGCUGUCCAAUGGCCGCUGGGCCCGGGGCUCCACCGCCGACGGCUGCCAGAACCCCCCAGGCUCCUCCUAGGUCCCAGCCGCUGGGGCAGCCCCGGAGGAAGACACCCCGAAAAGAUGCACCCACAUCUCUCAGGAGAAGGAGGCGAAUCCGUUUCCUCCACUUCCCGCCACCCCAGGCCCGCGUGUCCGCCCGGCCUUGGUGAGGUGCUGUGUGACUUAACUGUCCAGGGGCAGGGCCAGCGGCAGGGCUGGGCUCGGUGCUGUGGGAGCAGGUUACAAUAAAGUCCUCCUUGA